CGAGAAUUUAGGAGGAACCCCUCAGCAUGCCAGCGUGGGGAGGAAGAGAUGGCUCUUCAGAGUAUUAUGGAAGCUUAUUUUAUAGAGAUAUAGAUCAAUUUGGUAUUCUAUUCUCGUCUUUUUUAAUGUUCAAGUUAUAUCCGCGGUUGGAUUGGUGAUGAGAGUACGUACCGUACCGUACAGGCAUCUUACCGCGGUGAAUGACUAAGCCGUCAGUUCCCACAUCCAUCCAUCAUCAUCACUUCCUCGCUAUGUCUUUUUUCUCUCUCUCUCUCUCAUAUUCUCAUAUUCUCCCUCUAGUUAUCUCUUUUUCUCUCUCAUUCACUCUCCCUAUCUAUCUUCCUGUCGCCAUAUUUCCCGACUGGAACAUCGCCAGAACUAACUAAGCCUGCAUACGUAUGUAUGUAUGCACAUGCACCAGCGAUCCCGCACGUCUCUCUCCCCCCCCAUGCAUUCCGAGCCGAUCUCCAUUGCCAGUCAGGCAUAGGUAGCCCCAGUUAUCUUCGACCCUCCCACGAGCCCCGAAUAUCGAUAAAAGGAGGUCCUACCAUACUAUUCUUGCAAGCUAGACGACCCUGGCCCCAUCCCCCAUCACAACAAAUUACACCAUUUCCGCGGCCAUCUCAACAACUCGGCACUCACCAACUCCCCGACAUAAAAAAUAAAAAUAAAACAACAUAGAAAUAAAGAAAGAAAGAAAGAAAGAAAGAAAGAAAGAAAGAAAAAGAAAGAAAGAAAGAAAGAAAGAAAGAAAGAAAGAAAGAAGAAAGAAAGAAAGAAGAAAAAGGCACCAUGCGCUGGUUCCUCAUCUUCAUAAUAAUCCUCCUCCUCCUCCUCGCCGCCUACAUCGCCUGGAUAGGCUUCACCCACUAUCGCGCCCGGCGCUCCGGCCUGCCCCCUCCGCCCCUAAAAUCUUACAUCCCCUUCACCUCCUCCUCCUCUUCCUCCUACUACCACAGAGACAGCAGCUACCCAACCCCGCGCCCCGGCGGCGUCGGCGACUGGUUUAGGGACAAAUGGGCCGCCGUGCGCAACCGGCGGACGGCGCGGGGCGCGUAUGAGUCGCCGCUGCAUCCUGGCGCGGGCUCUCGCGGCGGCGGCGGUGGUGGUACUGGGUAUGCGCAUGAUGAGAUUUGGGAUUCGCGGAUCGGCGAGGGCGGGUAUGGCGGGGCUGGCGCGGGGUAUUAUGAGGAGCAGGAGCUGGGGAUGGGGAGGCAUGGGGAGGGGAGUGGGGGUCGGGGCGGGGGUGGGAGUGGGCCGUAUGAUAUGGGCGGGCGGGUGGAGGCUGGUGCGAGAGUCGUGCCGGCUGCGAGUACGGUGACGGUUGAUUUGCACGCUAGGGAACCCGAGCAGGAGGUCGAGAGGGGCCGGAGCCGGAGUCGGGAGCCGCCCUCGUAUAGCAGGCCGGCCGGCGGUGUGAAUCCCUUUUCAGAUGCGGCGGAGACGAGCCAGUUGAGGGAUGUUAGCUCGCGACCGGCGGUGGGGGAUGAGCAGCCUACUGCUGCUGGUAGUAGUGGUGGGGAUGGUACUGGUGCUGGUGCUGGUGCUGUGACAGCUGCGGCUGCUGAUGAUGACCGGGGGAGAUCGUCUGAUCGGAAGAGUGUUUUUAAAGAGAGUAUAUGAGUGUUAUGAUUAUUGGUUUUUGCGUUAUCCUUAUUCUUCCUUUUUUCUACUUUUUAUCCACAGCAGUGUGAUGUCAGGAUGGAUUGCUUUUCUCUUUUUGCUUUUUGUAGUGUUACGCCAUUUUAUGUCUUUAACGGCGUCGUUGGUCUUUGUAUUAUUUGAUUGUCCCGUCCCUUUAUUCUUAUAUAUACAUUCUUGAAUUUGGCUCACUUUCAUUUUGGCCGCCUGAGCUGAGCUAUCCUUCGCAAGAUUCAUAGUUACUGGUCAUUGCAUCUAAUAAGAAAUGGGUGGGAGUCCCGGAAACUGUUUACAUGAAGAUAUCAUUCCCGACCGCACACGCACAAGAACGCAUAUAGGUUACUUAAUCAACCUGCCGGAGGAUAUCAUACAUAUUCAUCGCAUUCUUCGCGACUAUUGGUGCUCCUUGUUCCACCCCACCGCUGCUCGACCUCCCCUUCUUCCUUUUCCGACUGCCAGGCAAAUUCGCCGCGACGAUCCAUGCCUCCUCGGCACCAGCCGUAGAAGACUCGAGCAGUCCAUGACCACUCUGGUCGCAGGCAGACGCUCCAAACACAUCAGACCCCUCAAUCACAUCCAUUUCUCCCUCCCCUUCGUCGAGAAGGCUAAUCAACCCCUCAAUCACCCUUCGCGCGGCCUCCCCAUUCUCAAUCCCACCCCCGAUCCCACCCGUCCGCUGCGCACAAUCCCGCAUCCACGGCAAGUCGCGCAACACGCCACCCGCCUCACCCAUCAACUCAACCAAUCUCUCGCCAACCGAACCAGACUUCGCCGUGUCUUCACCCGCAACAAGGACCUCCUUCAGCACCCUCAGCGAGUACAGCACCGCCUUCAUCUGCGCGUGGAGGUGGAUGUCAUCCCACUCGAGCUUCUCCCCGCAGUACCCCCGUUCCAGGAACCGGCGCAGCUUCCCUGUAGCCAAUCGCUCGUCGGGCCCCAUGCGCGCAAGGACGUCAUAUAGCGCAAAAGCCCUCCACCGGACGGCCGGCUCACAGGCGCUACUCUCAUCAUCACCACCAUCAUCAUUAUCAACAGACGAAACAAACGUAUUAACCUGCUGCACAAAAGCCUCGAGUCUCUCUUCCGCCUCCUUCUCUGCCAGAAGCGUUAGCGGGAUAGCCGCUAUCCGCCUCCCCUUGCGCAUAUGCUCAAUCACAGCUUCCUUUCGUUUCCCCUUGUCGCCCGCAGGGUAUCCCAGGUUCAAUAGCGAGUAGGCGAGUAACCGCAACUCGCUGCCCUCCAUCCAUGCCGCGCGCCGAUCAUGGCGCUCAAUCAAAACCUGGAGAUAAACAUGGGCCCCUUCCUCAGGCAUCGCGAAGGAGGGCAGUUCAUAUUGCGCAUACAGCUCGGAGAGCUUGGGGUCCGUGAUGACUGCGAGGGGAUUAGAAGAAGUCCACACCGACCCGCUGGUGGUGGCGGCGGCCUCAUGGCCGCCGAGAUCAUACUCCUUCAGAAACGAGAUAUAUUUAGCGCUUUUCUCAACGACAUCCGCGUUCCCCUUGGCGCGCUGGAUGGUUGUCGCAAACGACGCGCGCGGAUCCCUUUUCACCUCGUAGGCGAGGCGCGGGAAACUGGGCACGCCCAAUUUCUUGGCGACUGCCGCGGGCCGUACUUGGGUUGCUCGUAUGCUUAUUCUGCUUGCAAUAUCCGGCUCUGCGCCCGCCACCGGCAGAGCAUCGUUUGGCAGUGGCUCACCCGUUUCAAGCGAAUCGAGAAAUAUCACUGAGCCUUCCGGGCCGAGGUCGUGCACGAGCAGGUCAGAGUCGCCCGUGAGAACUGCACAGCCCGAGUCCCUUGCCGCAAUUGCGCAGUACACAUCAGCUUCCCCUGGUACAACCUCCGUUAUUUCCGCAAAUAUGCUUCCAUCAUUCUCAUUGCCAUUUUCCGUAUUCCCACAUGCCGUAAUAAUAACCUUCUGUAAUUCCGGCACACCGGCAGUACAUCUCAAUACCUCCUCCGGACUCCAUCGAUGCUUCAAGUCUUCAAUGACCGUCGGAACCACAAACGCCGAUUCCGGCAUGGGCUUGAAACGACGGGGUAACGGGCGUCGACCGAAUAUUUUCUCCGGGCAGAUAUCUAGAGCUUUUCUGCGGAUGGUGGGCGUUUUGAAACCUCCCGCCGUGUCGCGACAGAGCUCUCGGAGCUUUCGUCUGGUUGCCUCCAUGCGCUCGAAGCGCACAGGCCGUUUUGAAAGUGGCAGGGCGCCGUCGAAGAAGAUUUUCUCUCUGUUUAGGAAAAGGGGGAGGGGAGAGGGGAUAUUGCGAAUUAGUUUAAAGGCACAUCAUCUAAAGUAACCCAAAACAAAGGGAAACAGUUUAUCGCGAACGGAAUGAAAAACACAACCUACAUCCUCACAUCCAACCCCCUCAAACACAACAAAAACUGCAUAACACCAAUGCUAACUUCAUUCGCUGAUGGCUGCGCAUCCACGACAUUGUAAUCCACCCCGCUCCACGACAGCAGCCGGCUGUAGACAUGAUACACCAGCGCGGGGCCAUCUACCACCACGCUACUGAUGGUUUUGACGUUCUGGUCAUGAUUCUUUGUAUUCCGCAGCCAGACGGUUUGCGCGUGCGGGAGGAGGUGUUGUGUUAGGUAUCGGAUGCCCAUUUGUAUCGUGAUAGCUCAUGGGGUUGGGUUUCUUUGGUUAUGGCGGGUGGUGGAAACGAGGAUGAUGGGAGGGUUUGCUUCGGAUGGCCUCGCCUGUACCUGUCAUGUGGAGGAUGUAUUAAACUAAUGGAUCAUAAAAGCCUUCGCUACUAGAAUGUUGAUGGCUAUCGUUGGCGUCUGGUGUUGGGGUGAAAUUGGAAUCUGAAUUUUUGGAAAGUCGCAGCGGAUCUUAUCUUAUCUUAUCUCCACGUGAUUUGUUCCAGCUACCUAGGUAGCCCUGAGCACGACUUCCAAGGUGGUUACGGUAUGGUAUACAAAUAAUGGAAUGGUUAUGUCACUCCAACAGAUGUCCAUCAAACUGCCAAAGCAAGCCAAACCAUUUCUUUCAUAAUCUCAUUAGAACUGGAAUUUCUAUAAGCUAUACAUAUCUCAAAACGCAACAAUCCCAACAAAUGAGCAGUAGGCCGGACUAGACGAGACCAUGUCCAGCCCAGCGAGAUCCACUCGCCAUGAAGCUCAGCAAUACAUAAUCCCACCCAUGCUCAUAUUGCUCGUAAGAAGGCUGUUCCAACGGCCUCGAUCCAAGUGGCACGACAUCUAAGAAGCAAAGUCAAAGCUACCCGUUGUGGUUCCACCUACACUAGGAUACGGACGUUGCGGCACCGAGUGGGCCGAGCGCCGUGCAUCCGGAUCGUGGCCGGAGUCCCCAGGAUCCGCCCAGAUAUCACGCCACGCGACAGGGUUGGAGUGCCCUGACCAGCCAUUAAAAGGAUAGGCCGCUGUAUCCCAUUAUUUGUUGCAUG